AUGCGGUCUAAAUGUCUGCAGGGACACUGGAAAGAAUCAACAUCAUAUGAAGAUGUUAGAGCUUGUGAGGGUGCUUACAGAGAGGAGGGGAAGAAGGGCGAGGAGGAAUCCUGGGUGACUCAAGCAGAGGGCCCAACUGGAAUCCGGGUGCUCUCUAAAGAGAAUGAGGGACCAGGACUUAGGAAGCGACCUGGGCAGCUGUUGGAGCUCUUGGAAACUCUAGGUCCUGACCUGCAAUUCCCAGGGAGUGCCAGGGUCCACCUGGUCCAGUUUGGGCCCCAUGGUACCUUUGGUUUCAUCAUCUCCAGAGUGGACAUGCUUAUCUCCCUGCUCCAAGGAACAGCUGCAUCCGGUCCCUGGCUGCAGAGGCAUCACAGGACAACAGGCCGGAAGCACCCCAAUACUAACCCUCAGAUUCCGAACCCAGUGAUCUGCCUAGCAGCUGGAGAUGUGAUUCUCUUCCAGCUCCAUCUUCUUGCCCAUAACAGGUCGGCCAGUCACUACCCCAUGUACCAGAGGCAGCACCUGCUCAACAGCAACUCCCACUGGGACUCUGGAGCCUUCAGGAGACUGGGCCAUCUAGUACGCGAGACAAACCUCAGCCUCUCAGGGUUUGCCCAUCAGUUCCUAGAUCCAGGCACCUAUGUGUUUCAAGACAACGGAAAGCCCGAGAAUAUCGCAGUGGUGCUGGUGAAGGAGGAGGGGGCAGCUUGUGGUGCUGGCCUGUCCCCUGUGCAGCCCUCUUCUCCGUAUCAGCUUGGCAGGCUUGGGGUCCUCAGGCACAGCAUGCUGACCCUAGGCCCAGACUGGGCAGUGAUCACAGGGGUGCUACUGGCUGCUGGCUUGGCAACAGCUCUGCUCACUGGCCUUGGCCUACUUCUGAAACCAGCUGUGCCCCAGGCCUGCCCCACAAAGUCUUGGGGAUCCCAGUGGAGAAGCGUGGGGCAGCCUCCUCCUCCUGCUGUGCAUGUGACUCCCAGGGACAACCUCCUGUCCUACGAAGACCUUGAAGAAGCUGAUUCUAGGGAGAAGGACAUGACUCGGGGUGCAGGGGAACCACCCCAGGCCCUGACCCUGGAGGACUUCAGUGUGCGCACACUCUAUGACAAGCUGGAGGACCAGAGUCUGCACGUAGCAGCCCAGCUGAGUAGGCACAGGGAGGAUGCAUUGGCCUUCUACAGGGCGGCAAGCCAGCAGCUACAGGGACUCCAGGAUUUUCUGCAGGGCACCAGCCUGACAGAACUUCCAUCUCUGGUCAAGGAUAAACACCCUGAGACAUGGGUCAAAACCCGUAGGGAAACAGUCACUGGAGAGAGCGAGGAACCACAGGAAGCAAGAGCCAGUCACACUGCCUCAUCUCGGACAGACUCCUGGCAGCUUGCUCCGGGCUGUACUCCAAGCAUCUCUCCCUUGGGCUUCCAGCCAGAGCUUAGCAGAGCCAUCACUGCCCUGGCAUCAGCACUUUCUCGGGCACGAGAGCCACCUGUUGGGGCCAGCAGAAAGGCCUCUAGCCAACAUGAUGAACAGUCUUCCUUCACCAGUCAGAGGGACUCACCUAUGAUGGGACAGCCUCCAUUCAAUGACCAGGAACCCCAGAGCACAAGGCUCCAGCAGGCCCCAGAACCUCUCCAGAUCCCCAAGCAGGACGUUAAAGGAAGGGAUGCUCAGACCCUCAGUCCUGAGAAGGGGAUCCUUGGGGCUGGACUCAGACAUAGACCUGAUAUUGAGUUGCAGAAAAAGACAUGGCAGGUGGAAGAAGCUCUGGAUGAGCUGAAUGAGGAGUUCUUUUGGCUUAGUGCUCAAAUCUUGGAGCUCCAGAAGGAGGAUGACAAGCUGGACCGGCUCUGCCUAGGGGAAGACAACACCUCUGUGGGCACACAGGCACUGAUGCUGGAGGUACAAAGGAUCCACCUGGCUCAGAGGAUUGAGGACCUGGAGUGGGAACUGUCCCUGCUCCUCCAGACUUCCAAUAGCAGCUCAAGAGCAGAAGGGAGCCGAUCCAGCCACAGUGCUAGCCAGCAAGUUCCCGAGUCACCGUGGAUGCAAAGGUGGCCACCUGUAGGAUGUACCUUCUACACCAAGGACACAACUACAUCCCCGUGUUAGGAAGGAAUGGUUACCUGAGGCUGGGGGUCUAUGCUGGCUUAGAGGUGCUUCUUUGUGGACACGCAAAUUUCUGUCAGAAGCUGACCUCAGCAUGUGCUAAAUUCUGUUUUGGUCCUUUGGGGUGAGGGACAAUAAAGUUACUUAGGA